UCAUUUUUUAGUUGUGUGUGCACGAACAGCGACGUAAGGGUCGGUAAUGUCAUCAAAAAUGAGGAAUUCAAUCAUGUUCUUAUUGGUACUCUACUUAAUGGCAGCGAAAAUGUCUGAAUGUGGUCCACUAAUUGAAGAAAGAAAUUUUGGAUUGGAAUAUCCAAUAUGUAACUUCUCUGUGCCUUGCUCGGAUCCUCGAACAUUUUGCGGAUCCAAUACAGAAGUCGUAACUAGAUGGUUUGUCGGAUCUAGAUGCUAUCCCAAAAAGUUGUAUAUGGGACUUUGCAAUCAUUCAGUCGUGUGUAUGUCAGGAAUAUGUAACGUCAUAGCUUUUGGCAUUGGCUUUUGCUCCUACUAAAUGUAAUCAAGAAUAUUAUCAUAUGAUAUUCUUAUAUAUAUUAUGUACUCUAUUCCCAGACGCACAAUUUAAUGAUAUCUCCUAUGAAAGAAAAUCAAAUUUUCGUUCAAGUCAUGGAGUCACAACAUUUUCGUUACUAUUCACGUAAAAUGCACAGCGCUGUAUCUCUAAAAAUGAGAAUCCCCAGCAUCUGAAAUGCAUGCCCAUCAUUCCGCUAUCAUUGUGAAUUGUUAUUGAUUAAAGUUAAAAUAUACUUUUA